CUCGGCCUCUGCUGCCUGCUGCCCGCCGGGCGGCUAGCCGCGCCGGGAGGGGACUUCCCCGGGGCUGCCGCGGACAGCCUGGUGGUGCGGAAGGGGGACACGGCCGUGCUCAGGUGUUACUUGGAAGAUGGAGCUUCCAAAGGCGCGUGGCUGAACCGCUCGAGCAUUAUUUUUGCUGGCAGUGACAAAUGGUCGGUGGACCCUCGAGUUUCCAUCGCGACAGCAAACAGGAGAGAGUACAGCCUGCAGAUCCAGGACGUGGACGUGACAGAUGACGGUCCCUACACCUGUUCUGUGCAAACCCAGCACACUCCCAGAACGAUGCAGGUGCACCUAACUGUGCAAGUUUCUCCGAAGAUAUUUCGUAUUUCGAGUGACAUCGUUGUGAACGAAGGCAGCAAUGUUACUCUCGUGUGUUUGGCCACCGGGAAACCAGAGCCCUCCAUUUCCUGGAGACACAUCUCUCCAUCUGCAAAACCAUUUGAGAGCGGGCAGUACCUGGACAUCUAUGGAAUUACAAGAGAUCAGGCUGGGGAGUACGAAUGCAGCGCAGAAAACGACGUCUCAGUCCCAGAUGUGAAAAAAGUAAAAGUCACAGUAAACUUUGCUCCCACAAUUCAGGAACUUAAGUCCAGCGGAGUGAUGCUCGGAGGGAACGGCCUCAUCCGGUGCGAAGGCGCGGGCGUUCCUGCCCCGGUCUUUGAGUGGUACAGAGGAGAGAGGAAACUGAUCAGUGGUCAACAAGGAAUUACUAUUAAAAAUUAUAGCACGAGAUCACUUCUUACUGUUACCAAUGUGACAGAAGAGCACUUUGGCAACUAUACCUGUGUUGCUGCCAACAAGCUUGGGAUGACCAAUGCCAGCCUGCCUCUCAACCCUCCCAGUACGGCCCAGUAUGGGAUCACCGGGGACGCCGAGGUCCUGUUCUCCUGCUGGUACCUUGUGUUGACACUGUCCUCCCUCACCAGCAUAUUCUACCUGAAGAACAUCAUUCUGCACUGAGUGUAAAGAACCCUAAAAGGCUUUUAAGGAUUCUCUGAAAGUGCUGAUGACUGGAUCUGAUCUGGUAGAGUUUGUUAAAAGCAGCGUGGGAUAUAAUCAGCAGUGCUUGCGUGGGGAUGAUCACCUUCUGUAGAAUUGCUCAUUAUGUAAAUACCUUAAUUCUACUCCUUUUUUGAUUAGCUGCAUUACCUUGUGAAGCAGUACACAUUGUCCUUUUUUAAGACGUGAAAGCUCUGAAGUUACUUUUAGAGGGUAUUAAUUGUGAUUUCAUGUUUGUAAUCUACAAGUUUUCAAAAGCAUUCAGUCAUGGUCUGCUGAACUGCAGACCGUAGUUUACAAAAAAAAAAAAAAAGGAGAAUAUUGCAGUAAAAUGGGCUUCUUUAAGGCUGCAAUACAACAUUCAGUUCCCUUCUUAAAUAACAUUCUCUCCACAUGUACACAGGAACUUUUUUUUUUUUUUUAAUUAAAAAAAAAAUCAAAUAAUCUUGCCUUCAAAAUAUUUCUUCGGAAUACUACACAUAUCUAGAUUUUCUUCCAGCAUGAUAUUCAGGUUUCAAAAAUGAGCCUUGUAUUAUAACUGCAUUGUGCAGUACUGCUUUUUGAUUUCUUCCUUUUUCCUGCAAAUUCAGCAUGGGUGUGCCUUCAUAAAACACUAUUUUCCUCUUCCUUUCCAACAAAUCUGGAAUGUGCUUUGGGAAAUGCUACAGCAUCCUUUUGAGCAUAACCGAUCUCUGAGGACGAAGGUGCUAUUGAUAGGCAGAAGGCCUCCUCUCCCACCUCCAGUGGGUAAUGGGACUGCUUCAGUACAUUUUUAGGCAAUCAGACAAGGACAGCACCGGUCCCUUUUCAUUUCCCCCCUACUAAGCGGUGGACGAUCUGCAUUAAGAACGAGUUUCCCCACUACAAAAGAGAAUGCAAAUUAUUUUGAGACGUCUUUUGAAUGUAAGAAGGUUUCCCGUAGUCAUUCUAAAUCAGAAUUCCUAACUGGCUGUAAAUGUGAGGAGCUGAAUCAUCCCUUUUGUAUUACUGGCAAAAAUAUGAUGUGAAUUGGUAUUUUUCUUGCACUUAAUUUUGUACUGGUUUGGCUAAUUUAGCAAUGAUAAAGGAUGCUUUUAAGUAUUAGAUAUCUGAAAAUACAUAAAGUAUCAAGCAGAAUUUUAUAUAUAUACAUAUAUAUAUAUAAAAUACAGAUAUAUAUUAAAACGAGGUUGCUCCAAUAACCGUACUGAAGUGCAUGCUGCCGUCAGUGACGCAUCUACAGACAGGACUUCAUUCCUGAUGUACACACACUGUGCAGAUAGCUUACCACAGCAGUUUAGUCAUCAUACACCAUCUCCUAGGACUGCAGUCUAUCAAGAUAAGACUCGCAUUAAACUCAAUGAAGGAUCAAGUUUCAAAAGAGCAUCUAGAAUCACUAUUUUUUUCUAAGCAGCCCCAUACUACAUCAGUGCAAAACAUUGCUGCAGUUUACAGCUGAGUUUAGAAAUGCCAUCCUUGUAAGUUGCUGGGAUGUGACUGUGUCCAAUAGCCUUAGAACACAACGUCUCCUAUUGACCCAGUAGAUGCUGAUGUGCUUAAAGAAACAACAGCUGACGACACGAAUAACAAAGCCAUUAUAUAAGUACUGCAUUCCCCCUCCUAACGAUAAGGUUUGUGGUUAGCAAUACCGGAUGAGUGCUGUGCAUACGCAGCAGUUCCAAAUCCCCCCGUGUCUGAAAAGGCAAAUUGUGAGUUGGGUUGGACUCGCUGUGCACUGUCCCAUGCUGAAGCACAGGCACAGCGUGCGGUGAAGCUGUUGCAGUUACUGAUGAGCCCAGAUGCACGGAGUGAAAUGCAUCGAGUCCAAAAUACGGCAAUAAAGCGUCCUAGGUCUGCCUGUGCUCAGUGACAGGCUGUGCCAUUUCUGUCACGCCGUUUGCAGCUGCGUGCUGAGCAGCGGCCACCUUCAGAAGCGUGGCAUUUCUGUAAAACCUUGAAUAACAUGACCAAACUCGUUGCUGAAGGAAACGGUUUAAAGCCAACUCAAAUACACAGUAGCCCUUAUAUUCUUCUCUCCCUUGUAUUGCAGCUUUAAAGUGCCAUAUUUUAGAAUCUGUUCAUUGGAAAGAGUGGUGCUGCAGAAAACAUCACGUCAGGGCAGACUUGUGAAGAAAGCACAGGGGUGUGUGUAACCCAGCCCACCUGCUGCUCCUCGUGUGAAUGUGAGACGGGCUGUGCUGGGGCUGGGUCCAAUUGGGCAUUUCCAUUAUGAUUUUAUUUUGGUGAUUCCUGACAUCUGAAACAACCCCAGCAACAGAAUGGAAUGAACGGCAGCUUAAUUAAACUUGAAGAAAAGGAAGUAUUGGCUGAUGGCAGAUGUAGAACCACUGGGUUAUGUGGACAAAGCUUUCAGCCCCAUUAAUUCUCCGUUAAAUUUGUGAGUACGUUGUUGUUGUCACUUCCAAAAAGGAAAAGAGCCCACGAACGUUUCUGGGUGCCAGUAGCAGUUUGUCAGACAGAGGAGGUGUCUGAGCACUGAGCAGAGCUGUGUGCUUGGGGUGCAUGGGCUCACAACCCCAUGUGCCCCAGUGCCAGCAGAGCUGCCCCUCGGUGUGCAGCCAACAUGGGGCACGGGUGCUUGGCUUUGUGCUCCUGCCUUGAAAGAUAUGAUAUGUGGAGUUAAACAAGCUCAGGUUCUGGCAGGAUCAGAGCCCUAGGAGGCAUCGAUCCCGUAAAGAACCUCAGCUCUGUGGUUAAUCUGUUCUGCAUGGUAAAGGUAGUCGUGCAGUUUGGGACUUGCUGGGACGUCCUUCCAGCAGGGCUGUGCAGGCUGCUGCAAGCUGAAGGCUGCAGCAUUGGGCAGAGCCCAUUCUCUCUUUAGUUUGUGGGGUGUGUUUGCUUUAGGCAGCCUUCGGACGGAACGUUCUGUGCUUCUUGGAAUGGUUGACCCGUACUGUUCAUCUCUGUUGAUCAAAUCGCAUUCUAUUUAUUCCCACCUUUAAAAAGUAAAAAAUAAACAGCUCAGCUCCAAGCAGAAUAACUGAAUACGUAUAUGAAGAUCACUGUCUGCAUGGGAAACCCCAAGGUCUGUAAUGCUGUAAGUUCCCACUCGUGCGAUAACUCAGGGCUGCUAAUCACCGUUGCAUUGGUGACGUGAGCAGCAGCAGCAAUGCUCAAAGAGAGGCAUUGCUGAUCAGGAUAUUAUUCUAUUACGGAAUUAAACUCGUAACUUCUUGAACGAAUGCCAUUUCUCAAGGUUUAUAACGUGGCAGGAAGUGUAUCCAUCACUGCUAGACAGCUUUUUUUAAACUUUUCAAUAUAUAUAUUUUUGUUAGAAACUGUGCUGUUUUUUAAGAUACAGGGGUGUUAAACACCGUCGCCAGGAAAAGCUGCUUCUUUGCACAUUUUCAAAGUUAGCAUUCUAGACCAACUAUGGUAAAUGUUACACUUACCAAAAUCUCUUCUUAUUCCACAUAAGUGUGUUGUAAAGAAUGUGUAUACCAAAAUACGUAUUUACAUGGAUGAACAAUAUGCCUUAAAGACUCAGUGUGCGUUUACUUCCGAGACUGGACAAGAUUUGUGCCCAGUCUGGAGGUAAAUAAUCCAUACUUCAUAGCCUGCCAUGGGAGAUUUCAUUUCUUCAAAAAAUAAUAAUAAUAAAAGAAAAAGAAAAAGGAAAAUUUGGUUUCUUUUCGAAGAAUCUUAACGAAUUUCAAAAUUCUGGCAUGAUCUGACAUAUGUGAGGAAGUGUAGGAAAGGGGUGAAGCUUUAUCUCUGGCUCCAGUAGUGAGCAGCCUGUUUGCAGUGUUGUGCCAGCAUCAGGCACUGCCAUAGAGACCUCGUUCCUGUGCCAAGGCCACAGGCAGCCUGUCCCUGUCCUCAUCCCUGGUCCUGUCCCUGUCCUCAUCCCUGGUCCUGUCCCCAGCCCAGUCAUGGCCAAGCCAUCACGUCAGCACUGCCUGUCCUCCUUCUUGCCCCUACUGGGGACCAGCAAC